UUUGGUUACUGAAAAUGUACCAUGAUGCAACACUUUCUGUCAAAAAGGACUGGGUAACCAGGCGUGUCCAGUUCUCAGGACCAAAAUGGCGGACGCGGAGGAGUAUUUCGUUUGCCAAUGUUUUUUCACUCAUAACAUUUUUCUUAAGGAAUAUGAAGCCCACGUUGUGUUCGAAAGUGAACAGCAAUUUCAAAACGACUAUCGGAGGGCACUUUAUAACAGAGGCUGCAAGACAGAUGGACAAUGGCUGAAGGUGCUUGAACAGGUUCAGGGUGAAGUAGAAAGGAGAAGAAUGAUGGGAAGAGAUGCACAGAAACGGAAAAAGAUUAUUGCUGCUAUUUAUAAACCACUACAUCCUCAUUUAUACACUCUGCAGGAAUCAUUCCUUGCUGACAGCUUUCUUUCCAUGGUACAGUAUGCAAGAGAUAAUGAGGAGGCUACAGCUGCUGGCUUACUUUCUAUGGUAAAACAAUGUGAUGCCAAAAAAGUGUAUACCUUUCCAGUAUUUACACCAGAAUUUUGUCAAGAGUUUAUUGAGGAAAUAAACAACUUUGAAAGUACAGAUCUCCCUAAAGGAAGGCCCAAUACAAUGAACAACUAUGGGAUCUUGCUCAAUGAACUUGGCUUUGAUAAUGGCUUUUUCUCACCUCUAAGAACAAACUACUUGAUGCCGCUCACCAGAAUACUAUAUCCUGAAUGUGGGGGUGAUUGUUUGGACUCGCACAAGGCAUUCACUGUGCAUUACAAGAUAGGAGAAGAUUUAGACCUUAGUUAUCAUUACGACAAUGCUGAGAUCACCUUAAAUGUGUCACUAGGAAAGGAGUUCAGUGGAGGAGAGCUGUUUUUCGGUGACAUGAGACAGGUUCCCCUCAAAGAGACAGAAUGCAGUCAGUGUGAACACACACCAAGUUAUGGACUUCUUCACAGAGGUCAGCACAUGCACGGAGCCUUGCCUAUCCACACUGGAGAGAGAAUAAACUUGAUUAUUUGGAUGCGGUCCUCCGCAGUGCGUAAUAAACUUUGUCCAAUGUGCGACGCGGAACCUAGACUGGUGCCUUGUGUUGGUACAGGUGAUGGAUUUACCACUGGGCAGACUGUGCCAGUCUGUUCCACCCUCUGAUCAGGUUGCUUUAGGGAGUGGAGUUCCAGGGCUCUGGUCUAAACAGUGCAGGGCUUGUGGGUCGUGUACAAUACAUUACUUCUAGAUUUUAAUGUAGAAGUAAUAUAUGUACUUACACAUCUUUGUAUGUACUUAGUUGAACUCUAUCCGUUUUUAUUAUGAUCAGAUUCUCUAUUCUUUAUCAGUGCGUACGUGAGUUAGGUGUGAAGAAGAUAGUACCACGUGACUGGAAGGAAAACAACAGUCUGGGGACGAGUCUUGCGUAUCUAAUGUUAACAUAGUUUUAAUGAGUGAUCAUGCAUGUUUCAAUACAGAAUCCAUCCUUGAGGCUAAUCGCACUCCCGAAUGCAAGGCGACCCUGUCGUUAACUGAAAACGUUUUAAAUUUAACACUGUCAGACAGUACGCACUAUCGUGGAACGCGCAUUCAGUAAGUGAACUUUCAGUAAUCAAGCUGAACAAAACGUGCAGAAUGUCUGAGCAGCUGCUGUAGUCAUGUCAUACACUUCCUCAUGAACCAGAUUGAUCUAAAACACAAAAAAGAGAACAAAGUGAGGCAAUAAAGAAUCCUGGUUUUUAUAAA